AGGCUGUGAACUCAGAAUAUCAGGAUGGGGGAUGAUGAGAAACGCAACAGGGCCAUCACGGCCCGGAGGCAGCACCUGAAGAGUGUCAUGCUUCAGAUCGCAGCCACCGAGCUGGAGAAGGAGGAGAGUCGCCGGGAGACAGAGAAGCAGACAUACCUGGAGGAGCACUGUCCCCCUCUGCAUAUCCCUGGCUCCAUGGCCGAAGUGCAGGAGCUCUGCAAGCAGCUGCACGCCAAGGUGGAUGCUGCCGAGGAGGAGAAGUACGACAUGGAGGUGAAGGUGCAGAAGAGCACUAAGGAGCUGGAGGACAUGAACCAGAAGCUAUUCGACCUGAGAGGCAAGUUCAAGAGGCCCCCGCUGCGCCGUGUGCGGAUGUCAGCCGAUGCCAUGCUCAAGGCCCUGCUGGGCUCCAAGCACAAAGUGUGCAUGGACCUGAGGGCCAACCUGAAGCAGGUCAAGAAGGAGGACACAGAGAAGGAGCGGGACCUGCGCGACGUGGGUGACUGGAGGAAGAACAUUGAGGAGAAGUCUGGCAUGGAGGGCCGCAAGAAGAUGUUCGAGUCUGAGUCCUAG